AUGCGCCCAGAUUCUGAUACGUAUGGUGGCGACCGGGCACAACUGUGUGAUGAAGUCCGACCGGUUUGCGGCGCAUGCUCGCUGAGAAACAGUGACUGCUCCUUCCCCAGCCAUUCGCGGAGCUCCCCAAAUAGGCGGGUUGUGGCUCGUUCGGAGCCUCAUUCGGAGCCUCGAUCAGAGGGUCCUACUGAGCCUGACACCAUUUUCAACUCAAGCGACACAUGGCCACGGGCUUUCAGGUGCUCAAUAUCUGGUCCGCCGCGGCCCGUGGACCCGACAACGCUCGACACACAAGUCAGUCAUGGUAGCAAUGUUAUCAACAUGACCGAUCUGAAACUCCUGCAGCAUUUUAUGUCAAAUAUCUCAGAGCAAUUAUCAUUCAGCCCCGGAAAGACGCGAGCUUGGAAGACGAUCAUCCCGGAGAUCGCAGCGGAAAACGAGUAUAUCAUGCACCUUCUUUUAGCAUUGACGGGCCUCGAUAUGCUCUGUGAAGACAACACGCCCGGUUCAAAUCCAUCAAAGAAUAAUAGCCCCUUGGGGCAUCAGAAUGAUGCUAGCAACGAGCCCGGGAGUCAUGAUCGCUACCUACACACAGUGAUUGAGCAUCAUCAAAAAGGUAUUCAAGGGUUUAUGGGAGAUUUGGGAAGACUCUCCGAGUUAAACGCAGAAACUGUCUUUGCGGGAUCCCUUCUUCUGGUGGCUUUUGCCUUUGCGUCUCUUCGCGUGAAGAACUUAGACCUCAUUGUCAGCGAGCCAGAAGCAAAUACGGGGUCCACAAGCCAUGACACCUUCUCAUCUGACCCUGCGAUAGCGUUGAACAAACCUCGCCUUGACUGGUUAUAUCUUGUCCGAGGGCUAACGUCUGUUGUUGAAAAACACUGGACUAAGCUGCGAACAGGUCCACUGAGGCAGAUGCUAGUAUUUAGCAAUGCCAAAGAUGGAGAAGUCUUGGGUAAUCUCGUGGAAAUCCUGCCGGCCGAUCUACCCCACCGAAUGGCAUGCUUUGCUCAAGGAGCCCAUCAAGCGGUUACCAGAUUGAGAGCCUUCUCCAAAAGUUUAAAGUCAGUUGUUAGCCCGACGGCUAGUGACUCCGAUGCUCAUUCAGAACAAAUUCGAGAACAGAUGGGAAGACCGCUCACCGAAAGUGAACUCGUUGAGGAACAAGAAUCCACUAUCAGCAUUCUUGAAACCAUGUAUAAUCGAAUCAAAGCUGUUCUUCUCUUUUCAGACAGCGGUACCAAGGGCUCUGCCCAUGCAGACUUGCAAGGGGAAUUAGAGGACGCUGCAAUCAUGGCAUGGCCGCACAUGUUCCCUCACGGGUUUAUUACCUCGUUGGAAGCGGGAGAGGAACACGAAACUCUGCGGUGCCAAUCUUUUGUUAUUCUUGCCCAUGUUUAUAUCAUUGGGACAUUGUUCGAAUCGCUUUGGUAUGCCGCAGGCAGUUUUGAGCGCGAAAUCAUGAAGAUUAAUGACCUGGCUCAAAGCACCGGAGACAGUCGAUUGGUCUCUUUGAUGCAGUUUCCUAUGGAAGUCAUCGCUGCUCGAAGCGGGACUAAUCAACCCUAA